AUGGGGCCGAGUUUGACGGGGAACAAAGACGAGGUUGAGAAAGCGGCGGGGAUUCCGUUGACUAUUGUCUUGCCCGCUCUCUUCGCGGAGUCUGCGCUGGGCAUGGGGCUACUCGAGGUUGAUAGAGUCGGGAAUCGCCUGGCUAUCCCUGGAGACGGUGAUAACCAGCCGUUAUUCGUCUGUACCCGUGAAUACAUUGCGGCAGCUUACGCUUCUAUCUUCGCGGCUACCCCCGUUGCCCGGCUCCAGAGCCGUGUUCUGGGGUUGACGGAGGUCCAAGUAACGGGCAAAGAGCUCGCCAAGGCUCUCGAAGCUAAGAACGGGGCUCCGCCCAAGAUAUUUUAUCACAGUCUUGAAGAAGUGGACAAGAAUAUAGAAACGGCUUUAGCACAGGGCCGACCGUUGGCAUUGGCCUGGUUGUGCCGGAAGUUCUGGGGGGCUGGGAUGUUCCCGGAAGCGAUUGGCUCUGAUAUUUGGGAGGUUCCGGGGUAUAAGAAGAAGACUAUUGAGGAGUUGAUUGUCGAGGAUCAGUUGGUGUCGUACAGGGAUGCGCCACCGGAAGUCCAUGCCGCGUUGGAGAAAACUUUCUACUAG